AUUAUUGAACGACAAUAUAGGAGAAGUCGAUUACUUGCAACACACAGUAUACGCACAAGCACUUGCACAACAGAUAAAGCUAUCUACUUGCCCGGUAACUAUUGCUAUCUUUGCUAAAUGGGGAAGUGGAAAAAGUUUUCUUUUAAAGCAAAUAGAAAGUUUGCUCCGGUCUUAUACAUCAAAUGCGCAGCCAAUAAAACCGCGUCGUUGGACAUAGAGAUGUUCUGUAUUCAUUUUCUUGUUGAUUACAACUUUUAUCUUGCUACUUAGUUUAAUGGCGGUCGCGCCCCAAUGGUUUGUUGCUGCCGCGAGUUUGACUGCUAUGCGACUGACGUCAUCCGGACUACUGCUUGUGCUGCUUGCGAUAUUAAUUGGGCUUCUAUCCUGCACUGACAGACCUACGUCCACAAACUUUGUUCAGGUUCUCUUUUACGCCAUGUUUACACGGUUGCCAAUUCGCAAGAAAACGCCCAAUAUUAAUCAAGCAAAGAAAGAAGAUAUAAAACUUACCCAAGCCACGUUGAUCCAAACUCGGGACGAUUUAGGAAUGUCUUACGAAAACACGAAGACGAUAAAAUAUGUUUACGUCGAUUACAACGCGUGGGAGUUUGCUGGCAGUGACAACCUGUGGGCGGGGUUGGUGACGAAACUGGUCGAUGAAAUUGAGGCAGAAUUUGGAGUUGUAACAACUCGUGUAUUCCGAACCAUCUCGCUUGACACCAAGUGUAAAGUAACAACCCCUUCUGCCAAGAAGUAUCGUUUCUGCUCUCACUUAGUUGAUAACCCAAAAACUACUUUCAUGAUUCCGAAUAUCUUGUUAUUCAUCCUAUGCUUACUCGUUAUAAUUGUAUUGCCAAUUAUAGCAACGUACGUCAUCAAGUAUAUACCAACAUCUACCAAAUCAAAAUCUACCCCUACUACAGUAUCUGCAGUUGUAACUCGUGUCAUCUCAUUCCUACCACUAACAGUCGCUACACUGGUCACCGUUGGGAAACUAAUAUGGGCAAUGUUGUUCACUCAACGACAAAUGAUUACUUCUACUAUUAGUGGUACAAAAGGAAACUUGGCAAUGGAGCUCGGGUUCAUGAAGAAAGUCAAGAAUGAGGUUCAUACGAUCGUUGACUUGAUACGAACCGUGGAAUUUAUAAACGACGUCGAAUACAAAAUAAUUAUCGCAAUUGAUGAUUUGGACCGAAUACAAUUAAGUCAAGUUAAGUCCGUUUUGGAGGCAGUGAGCAUUUUAUUGAGUGACCGAUCGUCACCGUUUGUUUGUUUGAUCGCAGUAGAUUCCAGAGUAGCCGUCAAAUGUAUAGAAGAAGACAUGGGAACUGCUUUACUUGAAGUAAACGUUAAUGGUCACGAAUAUUUAAAGAAAAUCAUCAACUUGCCUUUCUGUUUACCUGAGAUAAGCAGUGAGAAAAGAAAGAGAUAUACGGUUGGUUUGAUAAAACAAGCAGAUGACACUUGCGAGGAAACGCCCAGAGGUCGUGAAGAGGCAACGGAUACUAUUGACGAUUCAAAUAACAUGACUUUAUGCGACUUCAUGUUUAAAUGCAGGGAAACCUUCUACGGCAAAACUGUUCAAUCGUUUUUAACCGGCAACCCUCGACAAGUGAAACGUCUGUUCAACGUGAUCUCAGUAACUUGUAUGAUUAUACAUGGCUUUCAAGAAGCGAGUGGUGAAAGACUUCUGAAAGAUUCACUCGCCGAACAAAUUGUUGCUUGGGUUAUUGGUAUAGAGCAGUGGCCGGACAAAAUGCGUCACAUACUACAGACGAUAACUAAUUUAGAAACAAAGAUAGCAGCAUGUGUAAUGGUGGACUACGGUGAAAAUGAUGCAUUACUGAAGAUAUACAAAAAACAUUGCAAAGAAUCAACGAAUGCUGAAGCUUUAACUGAAGAAGAUGUUAAAUUUGAAGAUUUUCUUAUGGAGAACACGUGGUUAACAGCACGAAUCGCCAAGUCAUAUCUUCCAUAUACAAUUAACUUACAUCCGAUGUAAAUUAAGUAAUUCAAAUAAACACUCCUAAUAAUGAACUGCGGGGUAAAAUGAAUACUAUUAGCUCUUAAUAUUUGAUAUUUUCUGAAUGCUUUUUUAUUAUCAACGCUUUAUUAGAGUCGCGUGGUUAUGGGUGUAUAACUAUGCAAACUUUGGUUAUUGUCAAAUGGGAAAUAAAAGAGACUGGCCUAUUUUACCCCAACCUGUUAUGUAUGGUACAAAGCGGGUUGAAAAAGAUGCAUAAAAGCAGUGCGCUUGUUAGUUGCUACGUAGCUUAUAACCUAACUGAUAGAUUAGAAGUAAUAGUUUUACACGCAAAAACUAAUUUGUUCUUCACGAAUCUUUUUGUUUUCGCUCACAUGAAUUAUGUUUAAAACAUUGUAAUAAAUAUAUCAACUCAC